AUCUCCAAACACCAUUUCCCUGUGGGCAGGAGGGACGCGGCGCUGGAGACCCAGGGCCCCGCUCGGUGACUGCUCUAGAAUGGGGCCAGCUUGGCUGUGGCUGCUGGGAGCAGGAAUCCUGGCCUCUGUCUGGUGUCAGCCCCUUCCUGCCCAUGGAGAUAAGAGUCUUGGAGAACUGCAACCCUCCAGCCACCAGCUCUCAGAGCCAGCUCCUGCCUACCACAAAAUCACACCCACCAUUACCAAUUUUGCCUUGCGUUUGUAUAAGCAGCUUGCAGCAGACGCCCCCGGAAAUAUCUUCUUCUCCCCAGUGAGCAUCGCUACCACUCUGGCCCUGCUCUCUCUUGGGGCCCAAGCUAACACCUCCACUCAGAUCCUGGAGGGCCUCAGCUUCAACCUCACAGAAAUCCCAGAGGCCGACAUCCACCGAGGUUUCCAGAGCCUCAUCCGUACCCUUGACCUGCCCAGCCCCAAACUGGAACUAAAAGUAGGCAACUCCCUGUUCCUAGACAAGCAACUAAAGCCUCAGCAGCACUUUUUGGACAGCAUCAAGGAGGUGUAUGGAGCUUUUGCUUUUUCUGCCAACUUCACGGAUUCUGUCACAACCGGGAGGCAGAUUAAUGAGUAUGUGAGAAAGCAAACAUACGGGCAAAUCGUGGACUGCCUGCAGGAGUUCAACCAGGACACGCUCAUGGUUCUCUCCAAUUAUAUCUUCUUCAAAGCCAAGUGGAAGCACCCGUUCCGUCGCUACCAGACCCAGAAGCAGGAGAGCUUCUUUGUGGACGACAGGACCUCCCUCCAGGUCCCCAUGAUGCACCAAAAGGAAAUGCACAGAUUCCUCUACGACCAGGAGGUGGCUUGCACCGUCCUCCAGAUGGAGUACAGCGGAAACGCCCUGGCGCUUCUAAUCCUCCCGGACCCAGGGAAAAUGAGGCAGGUGGAGGCCGCUCUGCAGCCAGAGACCCUGAGAAAAUGGGGCCAGUUGUUCCUGCCCAGUCUGUUGGAUUUGCAUUUGCCAAGGUUUUCAAUUGCUGAAACGUAUAACCUAGAAGAGGUACUUCCACGGAUCGGUCUCACCAACAUAUUCAACUUGGAAGCUGACUUAUCAGGGCUCACCGGGCAGCUCAACAGAACCAUCUCCAGGGUGUCACACAAGGCAGCAGUGGCCAUGAACGAGAAGGGCACCGAGGCAGCCGCGGCUUCAGGCCUCCUCUCCCAGCCGCCAACUCUGAACGCGACCUCAGCCCCACCCGCUCGUUUCAACAGGCCUUUCCUGUUGCUCCUUUGGGAGGUGACCACCCAGAGCUUGCUCUUCCUGGGAAAAGUCGUCAACCCAGCUGCAAGGUGACUGUGGUGGGAGGCCAGGGGGUGUCUUACCUCUUCCCUAACCAAACAGGUAGGCCAGCACCAGCCUGCACCCCUGCGGCUGCUGUGUGGGCCCGAUAAUCACUAUGGCAAGAUUCCAAUAAAAUUGACCUUGGGUUUGUGAA